AUGGGUCGUAAUACCUUCACCCGAGCUUUAAGCUUGGGAGCCCUGUUUCUUCUUGGCUCCGAUCUUGUGACACAAGUCAGUGGUCUUCCCAAGACUCCGUGGGCUCAGCAGCGCGCCAAGGGUCAUGGCAGGAAGGCCCUCAGCCAUGCCAUCAACAAGCGUCAGUUCGCCAACACCUCCGAGCCUGCCGACUGCGUUCCUCACAGUCCCCUCGACAUCGAGGCUCCCAAGGAAAACAUUUGGAGUGGGUUGACCGGCCCCGAGGCCGCAGGCGUUACCGAAUGGCUCUUCGCCCAGAAAGAGCUGAACCUUAGCCUCAGUGAUAACGCCACGUCGUGGGACAACACAAUCGUAUUGGUGGAGCUCAUGCAGCCAAACAAGUCUGAUGCUCUGGCCUACAUCGACGGAAGCGCCCCUGCGCCGGCUCGUUACGCCCACGUAUUGCUCGACUUCCGCGCUACCGAAGACCCCGAGUACCAAGAUAUCAUCGUCGGUCCUUUGCCAGUCACCAACGGCACCACAAAAUGGGAGCGUCUCGAGUACCCCUACACGCGCAAGACGAGCGGCAGAGUCCGCAACCUCGACGCCGACGACGAAGCCAUGCAGCAGUGGCUUUACAAGGCCGGGAAGAGCGUCGCCGACAUCACCAAAGACCUCUGGAAUGCUACCGCCCAGGGGCUCGAGAACGACACCCUGUCCAUCUGGGGCAUCGACCCGUACUACCAGGAUGGCGGCCGCGUCCAGCGCUGGGACACGUUCUGGAGCGUUCCCGACUCCAUCUUCGAUGUCGGUUCCAUGAUGCCUAUGGGACUGUUCUUCAUGUCCGACGUCACCGGCCGCGACCCCUCCAAGUGGAUCAUUGAGGGGUGGUACUACAACGGCAUCUUCUACGAGACUACGGAGGACUUCCGCAAUGCGUACUGGAGCGGCAAUGUCGAAAAGCUCGGCGGCAACUUCGCGGGCGACUGGUCGGCGACCGAUCAGCAGGGAGAGGUCCUCCCGAGGGACACCUUGGCUCCUCCGACGUCUGUCGCUCCCCAAGGUGCCAGGUACUCCGUCGAUCCCGAGAGGAAGUACGUUGAGUGGAUGGGAUGGUCCUUUUACGUCGGCUUUAAUCGCGACACAGGCAUGGCUCUCUACGACAUUAGCUACAAGGGUCAAAGGAUUCUUUACGAACUCGGCCUCCAAGAGGCCUUGGCCCAUUAUGCUGGAAGCGAUCCCACCCAGUCACACGUGGCGUAUCUCGACACCUACUACGGCUUCGGCCCGUUCGCAUUCGAACUGCUGCAGGGCUAUGACUGCCCGUCGUACGCCACCUACCUGAACACGUCUUUCUACGUGGACGAGAGCACGCACACACACCUGAACAGCAUCUGCAUGUUCGAGUUCGACGCCGACUACCCCAUGGCCCGACACAGCUCGGCCGAGUACGUGACGGCCACGAAGAACGUGUACUUCACCAUCCGGUCCGUCUCGACCGUCGGCAACUAUGACUACAUGUUCAGCUACAGCUUCUUCCUCGACGGCAGCGUCGCCGUGGAGGUCCGCGCCUCGGGCUACAUCCAGGCCGCCUUCCACGCCAAGAACGACGGCUACGGCUUCAAGAUCCACGACCAGCUGUCGGGCAGCAUGCACGACCACGUGAUCAACUUCAAGGCCGACUUCGACAUCUUUGGCACGGAGAACUCGGUCCAGCGCAUGCACCAGGUCCCCACGACCCAGGUCUACCCCUGGUCCAAGGGCAAGGCCUUCAACACGAUGAAGGUGGAGAGGGAGUUCGUCGCCAACGAGGACCAGGGCCGCUUCGACUGGAGCUACAACAACCAGGACCAGCUCUUCGUCCUGAACCAGGACGUCAAGAACAGGCACGGCGAGUACCGCGCCUACCGCGUCCUCCCGUACACCGGCGCCGCGCACCUGACGGUCAAGGACUCCAACAUCCUCAAGAACUCGGCCAAGUGGGCCGGCUACGACAUCAUGGUGUCGAGGCGCAAGGACACGGAGCCCCGCAGCAGCCACCCGUACAACAACCAGGACACGGAGAACCCCCCCGUCAACUUUGACGCCUUCUUCGACGGCGAGAGCCUGAACCAGACCGACCUCGUUCUGUGGCUCAACCUCGGCAUGCACCACGUCCCUCAUACGGGCGACUUGCCUACCACCGUCUUCACCACGGCGCACUCGGGAAUCCAGUUCAUGCCUGCCAACUACUUCGAGGUCGGCCCCAACGUCGAGACGGUCAACAUGGUCCGCAUCAACUACUCCAAUGGAAACACCACCGAGGUGGUCACCUUCGGCGCCGAGACGGACAGCUGCGCGCUCGACUACGAGCCCACCCAGGUCGACCUGUGGAACUACAAGGGAGACGUCGUUGUUCGGAAGUUCCCGUACCUGCCGGAUGAUCCGUACUACGAGACGGACAGCAUCUGA